UGGAUCUGUGGAUAAAUGUCUAUUUUUUCAAAUAUUCAAAAUUUCAAAAGAUCCCUGUUUGAAGAUGGCUUGAAGAUUAUUUAUUUAUUAUUUGAUGGAUUAUUUUAUGGCUUGAAGUUUUUGAAAUAUUAUAUUUAUGUGAAUUUACGGUCGAAUGGUGAUAAACAUAAAAUUCAAUAAAUACAAGUUUCAUUUGCAAGUGCAAUGUUAUACAGAAUCACGCAUGUGUGUAAAUUAUCGUUAAAACUGAAUAGGUUGAUGAAUCUCAACGGUUUUAAGAAUUAUUAAGGAAAUAUAGACAUUUUUUCACUCGGAAUUGGUUGGAAUAAUAAUGGAAGUGUCCAAAAAGGAAUGUAUAACAGUUUCUAUCAGAAUUAAACCAACUUUGAAAAGUAAAGAUACAUCAUGCAUACAAGUGAUAUCAAAAGAACCUCCUGUACUUGCAAUACCAGAGAGGUCUCAAGCUUAUCAUUUCGAUAAUAUUUUCUCUGAUGAAAUUGAUCAAGAAGAAAUUUAUGAUAAAACUGUAAAACCUUUAGUUGAUCAUGUUAAAAAAGGGUAUAAUUGUACUGUUUUUGCUUAUGGACAAACUGGAACUGGUAAAACCUAUACCAUGGGGACUGGAUUUCAGGGCUUGGAUGAUCUUUCACAUGUCGGAAUUAUUCCAAGAGUUUUGAAUGAUAUUUUUACAAAUCACGCGGAUAAUAAUGAAUUUGUAGAUAUUGGCAUAUCUUUUUUAGAGAUUUAUAAUGAGAAAGUUUUUGAUUUACUUCAGCCAGAUAGAAAGACUCCGUUAUCUGUUUCUGGAUUUGUUGUUCAAGACAUGGCAAUCAAAAUUAUAGACAGUAUUGAUUCAGCAAUGAUGUUAUUGGAAUUAGGAAGCAAGAAAAGACAUGUCGCUGAGACAAAACAAAAUAUAAAUAGUUCCAGAUCACAUGCAAUUUUUACAGUAUAUUUCACAGGAAGAAAUGGCACUGAAGAAGUAAAAGGAAAGAUAAAUUUAGUGGACCUAGCUGGUUCAGAAAGUGUGAGAAAAACGGGAAAUACUGGAAGUACAUUUCAAGAAGGUGUUAGUAUAAAUAAAGGGUUACUUUCAAUAGGUCAAGUUAUAUCAGCAUUGUCUAUGAAAUCUGCAUAUAUACCUUACAGACAGACAAUGAUAACAAGCAUUUUGCAAGGAUCACUGAAUGUUGAUAAUUACAUUUCAUUAAUAGCAUGUGUCAGUGCCAGUUCUGAUAACAUAACAGAGACUUUGCAAACCUUAGACUUUUCCCAAAGAGCUAAAAAGAUACGUAGUAAUCCAGAAGUGAAUCAGAUUAUAACAAAAUACAAAAAAGAACAUUCAAGUGCUAUUAGAACUCCCUUGAAGAGACAGACCACAACACCAUUAAAAACACCGGCAAGAAAAAAAACAAUUUUCUCUAUGCCUUUAAUAAACGAAGCAAAUCAAAGCCAAAUAGACAAUUCGAACCAAAUUUCAGUGUGUUCUUCAUCAGUUACUUCCAUUAUGAGUAACUAUAUGGAUAUCACUCAGGAAACUUUAAGCCCUGUUAUAAGAAAAUAUAUAACAAAAAUGGAAGUUUCUAUUAUGGAUAAACUGGAAAGUGUUAUAAAGAAUUCAUUAAAAACACCUGCAAAAUCAUCCCCUUUAGCAGCACCUUUACAGGCUGAUAAGGAAAAUACACCAGGUAUGUCAUGGAAUAAGAUUCAAAACGAAGUAUCCAAAUUAGUAAAGAGCGAAAUAGCGCAAUUAAAGGUUAAAACAGUACGAGCAACAAGUAGUCCAAUUGAUGGAGCGAAAAUUAAACGUGUGUUGGAAUACGAUAGUCCAGCAGAUGAAAUUAAUAAUACGGCAAUAUCUGAAACCGAUUCUAAUAAAGAUUUUGGCUUUAAAAUGCCAAUGAUCCCAACCAAAAAGUACAAACAGUCCAAAAAUCUUCAGAAUAGCGCGUUAGAAAUUGAACCCACGGGCCAAAUGCCAAGAAGAAGUAUGAGGUUAUCCAUGAAAAAGCAUGACGCUUCUAAUGUUUCUGAUAUGUCCUUUGAUUCUACAAUGACAAAAGAUGAGAGUAGUUUUAUACAGCAGCCAGAAGCGUCCGAACAAUCGGGAUUUUUAUUUGGUGAUCAGUUACCAAUAGCAACACCUAGAAGAAGUACUAGACUAAGCAAAAAACCAACUGAAGAUAUUGAUCUUAACACAACUAAAAAUUCUUGUGAUAUUUCAUGCUCUUCCCUACUGAAUUCUUCAGAACGAAAUCUUUUAAAUGCUGUAAGAAGCAAAAAGAAGAACAUUGCUGUUGUCAGGAAAAGCGUUGGAUUUAUUACAAAAUAUAAAAGUCCGAAAACUAAAAAGAAAAGGAAAGGAGCUAAAAAAUCUCCAGUGCAUAAGUUAAUUUCACAAUCAAAGAGUAGAGAUAGUCCUCGUACAGUCCAUUCCAAAGCGGUUUUAAAAAUUUUAAAUGAUGGAAACUUGAAAGACCUUGGAACGCUACAUUCCGUAGGAGCAAAAACCGGUGAACAGAUUUUAUUAUACAGGAAACUGAAGGGGUCGUUUAACGAAAUUGAAGAUUUAUCUCUAGUGCCUGGCUGGGGUACCAAGAAAUUUGAAAGAUUUAUGACAUUGAAUUUAUUAAAAAUGUAGUAAUUGAUAGUAUAUGUUUUAAUAUGUAGAAAUAUAUGUAAAUUAUUUUAUAAGUCAUAUAGUAAUAUAUAGUUUU